AUGAUAUUAGACGUAGAGGACAGUCAAGAUGAUGGAGAAACUUUCACGAGAAUCGUGACAUUGGAUUCGGCUAUUUCAUCUGUGUUUGCAAUUGGAGGGGCAGCUACAAUUCAGGAUAUACAGACUGCUUUCAAGCAGAACCAGCUGACGUCGAGGCAACUUGUUCUGUUCUAUCUCAAUGAAAUCCAAAGACUGAACCCCAUUCUUAAAGGGGUUAUAGAGAUAAUUUGCGUUGCUGGGAUCAAUCGUCCCUCGGGAUUCUGGCGUGGUGAUAAAGCUGAGGAAGGCAGGAGCUAUCAUUCUUGGGAAGGCAAACUGGGCCGAAUGGUUGGAAUGCAGGAGAAUCCUUAUGUUCUUUCGGUUAAUCCUUGUGGCUCGAGUAGUGGAUCAGCCAUUUCCGUGGCAUCAAAUAUGGUAGCAGUGUCCCUUGGGACAGAGACCCACAGCUUCAUUAUUUGUUCAUCGAGUUUCAAUUCAGUUGUGGGUAUUAAACCAACUGUUGGUCUCACAAGUCAAACCGGGGUAAUUCCAAUUAUUCCAAGACAGGAAACCAUAGGGCCAAUCUGCAGAACUGUAUCAGACGCAGUUUAUGUUCUUGAUGCCAAUGAUUUUGGGGUGGUGAUGAAGCUGAGGAAGGCAGGAGCUAUCAUUCUUGGGAAGGCGAGCUUGAGCGAGUGGGCUGAUUUUAGGUCACUUACUGCACGGCUGAACCUAGCGGUUGGAGUGCAAGAGGUGGACGAGGGAAGCGGAACUGCUAUCUCUGUGGCAUUGAACAUGGUAGCAGUAUCGCUUGGGACUGAGACCGAUGGCUCCAUCAUUUGUCCAUCUAGUUUCAUUCAGUGGGGGUAUCAAACCAACUUGACAUUAGCUGAAUUCAAAAUUUCCUUGAAUGCUUACCUGAAAGAACUAGUGGCUUCUCCAGUCCAAUCCUUGGCCGAAGUAAUAGCCUUCAAUAAAAAAUUCUUUGAUCUGGGGAUGCAGAAAAUAAAGCUAUAUAUGGAACUUAGCAGAAUUGACAAGAAAUGGAUUCGAGUAGGGUCCGAUGCAUCUCCUGAAUAUGCAAUUGGUGGAUUCCCCGCCAUUAGCGUACCUGCUGCCUACGAUAGCAAAGGGUUGCCUAUUGGCAUAUGUUUUGGUGGAUUGAAGCCGGACUUGUUGGUGGCUGCCAGGCCUGAUGUUGCUAUUGUACUCGCUAUUGAUGGAUUCCCGAGCAUUAGUGCACCUGCUGCAUAG